UUACAGUACUGUGUACGUACGCACACAUUCUAGACGGCAAUGUUUUUUUUAAAAAUCAUACUAUAGUAUUUUAAAAACAUUCGACUAACCGAUCCAAGGACAUCAUGGAUCUAUUACGGUAUACAUUUAUGGUCUUGGUUUUGGUACUGCUGAUAUACGUAAGGAACGUUAGUGCUGUGGACGAUAAUUUACUAACGGAAUGCCAAUUAAUGCUGUAUGCCAACAAUGAGACAACAUUCGGUGUGGAGACGACGUUCGUGGUCACUCUGGCUGAAUAUCCGAAAGCUCCGGUUGUACUGCGUAUUAGUACGGUCAGGUACUUGGUGGCCUUUUGGGAAAUCGGGCGUGGAGCUAAGGGGAUGCGACCCAGUUUUGUUUAUACACGGAAUAUAGGCAACGAGCUCCAGCGGCGCAUGAUUGAGCCAAGCGUAAAUGUGAGCUACCAAACGGGCUUCUACGCGGAAUUAAAGGCAACCUUCUAUGAGUCGGUGCAGACAACACUGAAACUGGAAGGCACUGCGCCAUCAAAGAAAAAUGUUAUUCCAGUUCAGGUGGUUGUAUCGUUGGCUAUAAAUAGACCUUUCAAUUGCACACCCGACCUGAGUGUGAUGCACUGUUCAAAUCCCGAUACUCCGCAGCAGGUAAUUGUCACCCGCAGCAUGUUAUUUCGGGCAUUUUUCAUAAAAAGCUGCAACCUGACGGAUGCGAAUCUUACAUGGACCGUGAUGGAUGUGCUUGGGAAGGAAACCUUGAAAAGCUUUCCCGGCGAGGAUCUGACGUUUAAUUUAAAGAGCUACGAGCUGCGUUCUCCAAUGAAAUUUGAGCUUUGGCGAUAUCUCUACAUGCUCUACAUCGAAGGCAUUUUUGACGGCGAAAAAUUCGCGGCGCGCUGCUAUCUGAGGGUGCAGCAGGAAAAAUUGGAGGUGAUCAUUAGCGGAGGCGCCACUAGGGAUGCCUACUGGGGCAGUAAAAUAAACUUGGACGGCUCGCUGAGCCGCGAUUACUCCAAACGGCCUAAAGAUGACCAAUUUAAGGCUUAUAAUUGGGACUGUCACUCAUCUGAUGAUUAUUUCAACAUGGCCUGCCGCUCGGAUAUCUCUCGAGUCGUGAAAUUCGGAGUAGCCGCUUAUUCAUUCACUGUUGGAUGUCGCUAUAUAUUUACCUUAAAAGUUGCGUCCGAGUAUGAUGCCGGUCUCAAAGGGCAAGCGGUGCAGACAAUCACAGUUGUGGAUAUUGAAAACUUGCAUGUAAUGAUUGUUUGCCUGUCAAACUGCUUUCAUAGUACGUACAAUCCGAUGAGCAAGGUGCUCCUUGCGGGCAAGUGCUUUAACUGUCACAGUAUGCAUACCAGCUAUGAUUGGUAUAUGGAGGAUCAGCUGGUGCACACCUCUAAAAAAGUAUCCAUGCAUAUACGCACGGACAAGACGAUGGCGUACAUCAAGUUGGUUGUCCGCACAAAUGAUGGUCGCACCGGCAGUCAAGGCAAGAGUCUAACUAAGAGCAUCCCGCCCCUAGGCGGAACGUGCACAGUGAAUCCCGUGAAAGGCAUUGAGGCCAUCACACAAUUCGUGGUAUGCUGCAUUGGCUUCCAGACCCGCAACACUCCUAUCGAGUUUUUUUACUAUGCGGAACGCGUACUGCUCAACAGAUGCCAAGACUGCGGAUGCUCAAUUCAUCUGCCGCUGGAUUUGUAUCUUAUCAAGGUGCUCAUCUGUGACGGCUUGUUCACGUGCCUCACAAGGUAUGUGCGGGUGACGGUAACUCCAUUGAUGAACAUACCUUUAGACUCACCGGAAGAUUUGAGCACCUUCAUCGCUAAACCACCCAACGAUGUGGUGAAUCUGGCCACCCAAGGGCACCUGUUGCGCUUCCUCCAGACCAUACAAUCGCUGGCCGCAGGCGUUAAAACCGCUGAGAGCGGUAUGAUUUUGAUCAAUGCCUUUCAUAACAUCAAUCUUGAGUCACUCUCUGCGCUCGGCAAGUUGGCCAAUCUGACGCAUACAUUGGCCGUUCAGUUGUCGCCGAUCGAUAGAAGUGAACAGAUUGUUCUGAUCGGUUCGGUAACCAUACUGAACAAGAUCUUUCAGUCUGUGCACAGCAACGAUAUGAACAAGAUGCUCGUCGAGGAGCCCUUUAUCAAUGUGACGGUAGCCUGUGUCACAGUCUACAACAUUAUGAAUAGUCUCAACAGCCAAAUCCCACGUCCACCACAAGACAUUUACGACAAAUACUUCGUCGCUCUCAAAAAACAUAAGCUGGAUCAGUCGGUCAUUGAUGAGCUAGCGGCCAUCAUCUGUGGCUACACUAAUGAGGACGCUAAAGAGCGUUCAUUGACCUGGUUGAACUCAAUGUGGGAAACGGAGCGUCUAUAUCGCUUCCUGUACUUUGCUCGCAAGCAUGGCUUCCAGCCGGAAUAUGGCGGCACCAACGUCGAGGGCUUGUCCCUAGAGGUUAAAUGCUUCGACAUAGAACCUGGUCACACCUACAAGAUCGAGACGAGCGACCACAUGCAUAGGGUAUAUAUCUCGCCGGAGCUCCUGCAAGAAGUGAAGAAGCCGUACAGCGAGCACAUUUGCAUCAAAGUCAUCUCGACAAUGCGCGAGCUUAACUGGUGGUAUCCGGAGGAGAAGCAGCCCAGCUCGGUACUGCUCUCGGUGCGCAUUUAUCAUGAUAGGGACGACUUCACGGUGGAGCGUCUAUUGAAACGCAGCACGUUGAGCUUCAGAACCAUAAUUGGCAAAUACAAGCCUGCCGUGGAUCGUCCUAAUGUGGCCGUAGCAAGAAAACCUAUAAGGCCUGUAGCUGAACCCAUUGGGACAGCUCGACAGAACAAAGCGUACGAUGAUGAUGAAAACGAGGAUUUCGUCGCUGAAACUGGAAAGUACAUGAAUUGCCUCACUCAUGCCAAGUUGGAAACUAUGCAGAAGGUGCUCAUUUAUCGCGUCAAUGUGGAUGAGACGUCGAUGGUUGCGGUACGCUUUACGCAAACCACACACAAGCUGCAAGUGCUUCUAAUCUUUGGAAACCUACCGAAACGGUUGAGGGAGGCCAUUUCCAAGACCGGUUGCAUUGUUCCAGCCAAUUCGCUAAACUCGACGAUGCUGUUGCGCAACAAUUGUAUGCAAACGCAUCGUGUCUAUGUGGCGAUACAGGUCUAUGGGAGCUCCGAACACGAGGCCAAGUUUAGUACUCCAGUGCCGGACGGGCCGGCCCUCUUUUCGUUUGUUUUUCAGGUGCGCAGCUGUGAUUAUUGGAUGUACAGCAAUCCCGGAGAUUCGCAGCGUUGGGGCCACACUUACUGCCAGCCCGGACUGGAGUAUCCAAGGACGGGCUCCAUGGACUGUACGUGCUCCGUGCUGGGCACCUACACCAGCUAUGUGUACCAUGUGCCGGCCAUAGCUGUGCCGUCAAUCGGUUUUGUGCCCGUCGAGACCCAUUGGUACAUUGUGAUCUGCUACUUUAUAUUGUUUUUACUGUUGGCCAUUUGGCUGGCAAUACUGUUCAUUUACCAUAACAAGCGACCCAGCAAGACGGUUGUUUGCGAUAUGACCGGCCUGGAGGAUGAGGCCUAUCGGGAUAUCCACGACGUGUUGGUCUUUCUGAAAACUGGUGGCCGCACGAAUGCACUGACAACGGCCACGAUACGACUGAUCUUUCAGACAACAAAUCGCAAUGAGCUGCAGUUCACGCUGAUGCAGGAUCCGGAACAUCCUGAGCUGACACGCAACUCCACCUACAUACUCUGGCUGCGGACUCGAGACAUACGCAUACCGACCCGAGUUGCUGUUGUCCACAACAAUGGUGGACGGUAUCCCAGCUGGUUCUUGCGAAGAAUCGAGGUGAUGGACGUGCAGGCGCAGUUAACGCAGGUCUUUCUUGUGCAGCGCUGGGUGCACCAAAAGUUCUUGAUACUCAGCUCCUCAAUGGUACUCCGGCCGGGCGAUGGCCGUGUUAUGGAACGUUGGCGUGAUCGAUUCACCACUGAAUUCGAGCGACAGUGGAUCAACUGGGGCCUGUGGCAGCCAGUCACGGGCAGUUGGCGGGAUAGCGCCGCUUUCGACAGCUUGACCCGGGCCCAGCGCGUUUGCAUAUUUGUCUCUAAAUUGAUGGUUACUUAUUGCGUAGUCGCCUGCUAUAUGGGGCCCACUACCCCGGAAACUGUGUAUGGGGAUCGAAAGAGUCUGAUUCAAUAUCGUGAUUUGUUUUGUAUGUUCCUUAUUUGCAGUGUCUUAACCAAUUUAGUUCAUUUUGUGUUAGAGAAAGUUGUUUUAAGAAAGCGUAAAAAUUUACUGUUUGAUUAGAAAGAAUAAAAGGAUUACGAAAAUAA